AUGAAGUGAGUUUGAAAAAUUUUCAGACAAAAAUCUGGAAAUUCCUCUUUACAGCUUUGAAAAUGUGCGAUUUAUUUCAUCCAUAUUAUCUAUUGUAUCGCAAGGAACGAUAAUUAAUCUAAUUGCCUCACUAUUUCGAAACUACCGUAUACCGCCGUGCGUGGCGGGACUCCUCCUAUUUGCCACCUAUUUUUUGGCAUCGUGGUUCCGCCUGUAUGGCUCGUGGAUAUCGCGAGCUCGCCGAGCAGUUUUCAACGAGCGCAACGUAAUGAUGACCUAUCAACCAAGAGCACUAACCCACGGGCAUUUGUUUUGUGUGAGUUUUUUGGGGUAAAUUUUAGCAUUUUUCACAGAUUUUCACAGAUUUUUGAAGUUUUUUAACAAUUUUCACAUCGAUUUUCAGUCAAAAACUGCAAAACUCAACUCCUAACAUGAGUUAUGACGUGGCAAAAUCAAAAAAUGUCGAGAAAUUAGUUUUUUUUGAGUUUUAGAGGCAAAAAUGAUGACAAAUCGGGAUUUUUGAAGCUUUUGGAGUAAUUUCUGAUGAAAAUAAGCUUCGAGAACCCUAUUCUGCAUUAUUUUAUGUUUUUUUUCGAAAUUUUCAGCAAAACCUUCUGGAAAAUGAAUUCCAAGGUGAAUUUUCAUCAGAAAUUACUGCAGAAGCUUGAAAAAUAUCGAUUUGUCAUCAUUUUUGGCUGAAAAACUCGAAAAACUAAUGUUUUUUCGACAUUUUUUGACAUUUCGUUUAGAUUUUCACUGAUUAUUGAAAUUUUUGAACAAUUUUCUAAUUUUCACAUCGAUUUUCAGUCAAAAAUCACAAAACUCAACUCCUAACAUGAGUUAUGACGUGGCAAAAUAAAAAAUUGUGAAUUUCCAAUGUUAUAGCCAGCUUCAGAACUACUUUUCAUGAAAGCUAGUUGUAAAAUUGGAAAUUCACAAUUUUUCACUUUGUCACGUCAUAACUCAUAUUAGGAGUUGAGUUUUGCGAUUUUUGACAACAAAAUCAUGUCGAAAUUGUUAUUUUUUUGAUUUUUCCCCAAACUUCCCCCAAAAAACUCACAUUUUUCCACUUUUUCUGCAGCCCGAACCUCCAACUCCAGUUCCAAACGCAUCGGAUGCGGAUUCCUCGUCUUCUACGCUGUCAGCGACUUCAGCUUUUGCCAAAGCUCGAGACGAACACUAUAAAAACGAAUUUAUGAUCGCCGAACAAAUGGAAAAGGAACGAAAUCUGGCGAAAAAAGAGCAGAACCCGCCAACAACUUUGGACAACUCGAAAAAACCGCCCGAAACUUUGAGAAUCGAAUUUUCCGAUGACGAAGCCACGUCAUCAUCGGAUACUCGUUCGCCAAGCAAUAGCGAUACAAAGAUUUAUAGAAUUUAG